GCUAUCCACCCCAUCGCGUUGCCGGAUCGAGCUUGGCUCUCUCGAACCUUGCUUCGCCGCACGGCACCAAAAGCACGGCCGCGCUCUCAUCCCCCUCCACACGUUUCCGCCUCCCGAUCCAUAGCCGCCGUGAGCCGCCGCCGACAUAGCUCCUCCCUCUCGCAGCUCUCCAGCUCUCGGAGGCCCGCGGCUCAUCAACCCGCGCUUCUUCAUUCUCGACAUCUCACCCGGCGGCGCGGACGCGCAGUGCACAUCACGAGCCGCACGGCACAGCCGCUCUUGUUUUCCUUCGUGGGUUGCGGUUCGACGCGGCCACGGGAUGGCGGCGAGCGCUCGGGACAGCGCUGAUGCGGCGGAGCGAGUCGUGGAUGACCACGACGGCUGGGCGUCGGACGGCGAGAUGGGCAUGGAGAUGGAUGUGGAAGGCGAGUUCCACGACCGCGAUGCCGACCGGAGGGAUGGCGGCAUGGAUGGUGAUGAUGAGUACUUGCUGCUCACUAGGAUAAGGGACACAUCAGCAGCUGAAGCAAGGGCAGGAAAGGAUAUACAAGGUAUACCAUGGGAGAGGAUACACAUAGCCAGGCAAGACUACCGAAAAGCUAGGUUGGAACAGUAUAAGAACUAUGAAAAUUUCCCUCAAUCAGGAGAGCUCAUGGAUAAGUUGUGCAAGCAAGUGGAGAAGAGCAGCAAGUAUUAUGAGUUUCAGCAUAACACUAGAUCAGUGAAGCCAUCAAUUCUCCAUUUUCAGCUUAGGAAUUUGUUAUGGGCAACCUCGAGGCAUGAUGUAUAUUUUAUGUCAAAUUCCACAGUAACCCAUUGGUCAUCAUUGUCUCACAAAUUAUCAGAGGUUCUUGACUUCUCUGGGCACAUUGCUCCGGUGGAGAAGCAUCCUGGCAGUUUGCUAGAAGGUUUCUCUGGGGUUCAAGUUAGCACACUUGCUGUGAAUGAGGGUUUGUUGGUAGCUGGUGGUUUUCAAGGAGAACUGAUUGGCAAGGAUUUGGAAGGAUGUAAUAUAAAAUUCUGUGCAAGGACAACUUUGAGUGACAAUGCUAUAACAAAUGCCAUAGAUAUACACAGAUCGACAAGUGGAAGCUUGCGCAUUACGGUAUCUAAUAACGAUUGCGGUGUUCGUGAAUACGAUAUGGAGAGAUUUCAGCUCUUGAACCACUACCGAUAUAACUGGCCAGUUAAUCACACAUCUGUGAGCCCGGAUAAGAAACUUUUGGCUGUGGUUGGAGAUGAUCGGGAUGCUCUUCUUGUGGAUUCACGGAAUGGAAAGGUAACCUCUACCCUAGUUGGCCAUCUGGACUACUCAUUUGCUACGGCAUGGCACCCGGAUAGCCGGACCUUUGCGACCGGGAACCAGGACAAAACCUGCCGUAUCUGGGACACCCGCAACUUGUCGACCUCGCUUGCGGUAUUGCGGGGCAACAUCGGCGCGAUCCGGUGCAUACGCUACUCCUCUGAUGGACGGUUCCUGGUGUUUUCGGAGCCUGCGGACUUUGUUCAUGUGUACAGCGUGGCUGCGGACUACAAGAAACGGCAGGAAAUCGACUUCUUCGGUGAGGUGUCCGGGAUCACCCUCAGCCCUGAUGACGAGUCCCUGUUCGUUGGAGUGUGCGACCGUGUCUAUGCCAGCCUGUUGCAGUACAGGAUGAUCCAUGCAUUCGACUAUCUUGAUUCAUACGUGUGAAAUGGAGCUUUGGUGUUGACGUGUUGUGCUCGGUGCUGGCUGAAUGUCACUUGUUCUCGGUGACGGUUCUGGUGCGCGGUUCAGGGAAUGUAUCUGCCUGCUCUUCUGCGCUAGUUAAUGGCGAAUGAUGAUUCGUUGGGACU